GUUGUCGCGUGCUUUAACCGUCAUUAAGAAGUCCUUCCUGUCCUCCUGUCGGACCAUGGUCGUCUUUGAGUCCUUUGACUCCCUGCUAUGACUCUAUUAUCCAUUUUUUACUGAAUUUAAAGUGUUUAUCAAACGGAGCGAUGCCUCGGUAUGAGCUGGCCCUCAUCCUGAAGACCAUGCAGCGGCCGGAGACCGCAGCUGCUCUCCGGAGGACCGUGGAGACCCUGAUGGAGCGGGGGGCUGUGGUGAGGAACCUGGAGAACCUGGGGGAGAAACUCCUGCCCUACAAGAUCAGCAAACACAACCAGAAACACGUGACAGGGGCGUACUUUCUGCUGGACUUCUACUCACCCCCCAACAUCAUCAUAGGACUGCUGGACCACCUGCACCGGGACGUGGACGUGGUGAGGCCCACGGUGCUGAAGAAGGACGAACCGGGGUCUGCUGUGGGGGGCAGCUGCUGUGGACCCUGAUAAUACAGUGUAAGGAUUUACUGAAGAGAAACCAGACCAAGGGUGCUGGUCCUGACAUGUUUUUAAAUCAUAAGGCUUUUCUUUAAAUUUGUAGUUAUUUAUUAAUUAUUAUUAUUUAGUUUAUUUAUUUAUUAUUUAAUUAUUAUUAUUAUUUUUGUUUAUUUAUUUUUGUGGUUAUAUUUUAGUUUAUUUAUUUGUCUUCCUGAAUUUGAAUCAGUUUGAGGAUGUUGUGGUGUGAAUUGUUAAAGUAUUACUCAAUUUAAAAUAAAAAAAACACAUGCUAUGGUGGCCCUGAAGGUCAACCCUCAAAUGCCUCUUGACCAUGGUGAAAAAAUGCUUCAUAAACAAACAUUAAUAAUAGACAAAGGGUAAUGAUCUAAAUUUAUACAAAAAAAACAAAAUAAUUUCUCAUUGAGAAACAAAUGCCAAAAUUCAUAAAAACUUCAAUUCUAUGAACAAUUCUUAGUACAAAUAAAGCUGUUAUUUUUAUUAUUAUUUUAAUUUUAUUUUUUUUGUACAAAGCCAGAAUGUUUUCCGCUUUAAAAAAAAAUUAAGAAUAAAAGUUCCCUAAUUUCCACCACAUCCUAAACGUCUACAAAAAUGCCAUAUCCUCCGAUCGUAGCUGAUCGUAACCAUUCAAGUUAACGUGUCAAUUUACACCGACUUCUUUCUGUUGCGUAUUGUAUUAUGUGUGUGCAGAUGACCUCCAGGGCCACUGUACAUUUCUUUGCUGAUGACUUCAGCUCAGUGACUCAUGUCUAUCAUGAGUUCAGCUGUCAGUGAAGCUUUAGUAAAUUUGAAUUGAUCAUGAUCUUUAAUGCCUGAAACUGUUUUAGGAUUUAUUGUUUGAACGUGUGUCUUUUAUUUAUUUAUUUGCUCAUUUUGUUAUUACUCAGAAAAACAAACUCAGUGAUCAAAUCCUUAAUAUAAUCUAUACUCUACCCUUAUAUGACUGACUUUAACAGCUUAAUGCUGUGAGUGGACUUUCCUCCUCUUUAUGGAGGUCAUGGCUGGCCGACCGUACUCUAACCUCCUAUAAUGUUUGUUCCUUUAUUUUUUACAGGUGUCACGGCUCGUACUCAGCAGACUGAUGGUGUGACGCUCACCUCUCUGACCUGCACCGUAGCGGCUGAGCUGCAUUUGGAUGUCAUAAUGUAAAAUGUAAAAUAAACUUGUUUUUCUAUCCUGGCUGCAAGUUUU